ACAUGGCCACAACUCUAUGUGGGAGCAUGGGAGGCUUGAAGAGCUCCGGAACCAGCUCCGUCGUGAAGCAGAAACAUCCCCCGGCCUCUCCGACGGCCUCCGUGUCGGAAUCCAACAUUGUCACUUCGUCCGAUCCCGAACACCUGCAGCCCGAUCAACCCGAACGUAACGACGCGAUCGCCAUUCCCGAGCUCAAGUUCGAGCUCGACCUAGGCCUCGAGGUCCAGUCGCCGGACAACGCGAUGUGGGACUCGUUGUUCGCCGAUGUCGCGGGCGCCGACUUCAUGAUAGAGUCCCCUAGAAGGGAUUACAUGGUAUGCUCCCCUAGGAGGGAUUACAUGGCGUGUUCUCCUAAAAGAGAGAAUGUUACAAUCUCUUCGCCUAAGAGAACAUUCCUCAUGAACAACAAUUCCUAUAGUAGCUAUCAUAAUAACAACUACGCCUAUGUGUCCGGUGUGCAUGGCCUCUUUGGGUGCACCACCCAAACUACGUACCUUUCACCCAACCAUAACAAGGGCAAGUCCCUGAGUCCGCUACACAAAGUUUUUAACUAUUCUUCUUCCUCCUCCACAUCUCUCCUUCCAUUGUACGCUUCGUCUGCGGAGUUCGUUCGCGGGGAUGAGAGCUUGCUGUUGCCCGUGGUGGACGCGUUCUUGGACGAAUACAAGGAGGGGAGUAACGCGGAGGUAGGGUUUGACGUUCCGGGAUCGGCGGCGACGUCCGCACUGCCGACGCUUCUGGAGUGCCUGUCGAUGCCCGAGAUGAACCAGUACGGAGAGGACGCGGUGGCGGCGGGGGAGGCGGCGGCGGGAGCUCAAGGCGGUGGCGAGGGUACUGAUCAUGUGUAUCAAAAUUGGGAGUUACAGCAACUAGCGAGCUGCGGCGGCGAAUUGGCGGAUGUGGCUAAGUCCGAAUGGGCAGACCCUUCCUAUCAGGACGUGCUGGGUGCAAUAGUUCCCCCUUCCGACACUGAGCAGGAGCAAGACAGCGGGCUCGAGCUGGUGCACCUCCUGCUGGCCUGCGCGGAGGCGAUCGCAAAAGACGACUACCUCGCCGCCCGCCGGUACCUCCACCACCUGCACCGCGUCGUCUCCCCCGUCGGUGACUCCAUGCAGCGCGUCGCCUCCUGCUUCGCCGACGCACUCCCCUUCCCGCCGUCCCUCGACGUCCUCCGCAUUUACCAGAUUCUCUACCAGGUGUGCCCCUACGUAAAGUUUGCGCACUUCACGGCGAACCAGGCCAUCUUCGAGGCCUUCGAGGGGGAGGACCGCGUGCACGUCGUCGACCUCGACAUCCUCCAGGGCUACCAGUGGCCCGCAUUCCUGCAGGCGCUCGCCGCGCGGCCCGGCGGGGCACCGUCCCUGCGGAUUACGGGGGUGGGGCACUCGGCCGCCGCGGUGAGCGAGACCGGGCGGCACCUCGCCGAGCUGGCGCACUCCCUCCGCGUGCCCUUCGAGUUCCACGCGGCCGCCGCAGGCCGCCUGGAGGACCUGCGCCCCCGCAUGCUCCACCGCCGCGUCGGCGAGGCCCUCGCGGUGAACGCCGUCAACCGCCUCCACUGCGUCGCCGCGCCGCACCUCGGCCCCCUCCUCGCCAUGAUCCGCGACCAGGCGCCCAAGAUCGUCACCCUCGUCGAGCAAGAGGCCAGCCACAAUGGCCCCUCCUUCCUCGGAAGAUUCCUGGAGGCGUUGCACUACUACUCGGCGAUCUUCGACUCGCUGGACGCAACGCUCCCAGGGGACUCGGCCGCGCGGAUGAAGGUGGAGCAGUACUUGUUCGGGCCGGAGAUACGGAACAUCGUGGCGUGCGAGGGGGCGGAGAGGAUGGCGCGGCACGAGCGGCUGGAGAGGUGGAGGAAGGUGAUGGAGGGGAAGGGAUUCCACGGCGUGCCGCUCAGCGCGAACGCCGUCAACCAGAGCCGCUUGCUGCUCGGGCUCUACACCAACUGCGACGGCUACCGGCUGACGGAGGACAACGGCUGCCUGCUGCUCGGCUGGCAGGACCGCGCCCUCAUCGCCGCCUCAGCCUGGCGGUGCUAAACAUGUUUCGAAAUGGGAACCGGUAUCAAUGGAAUUAUUUUUAAAUGCAUAUGUUCUGCCAAUAAUAAAAUCAAAUUUAUAUUAAUAUUAUUUACGGAGCGAAAAGCAGGGAUUAUUUCAUGGACGUUGUACACCGCGUCCUGUGGAUUGGGUCAUUUGAAGCGCAACAUGUAUAAGGCCCGGCCCAUGGAUCAUGUCUUGGAAAUAGUACCUUAAUUUUGUGAGUGCUUUUCAACAAUUCCUGGGUAUACAUGUAUAGAAUAGGACUACUAUACUAUUAGGAGCAUAGUAAUUUUUGUACUCCUAAGUUUCUAAUCAUUCAUCAAAUUUGAUAAAUAGUUAGGAUGAGAGA